UGAGGACCCUUUUAUCCAACCUGUCUAUUUGCUCAGAAACAGCAACAACAUUAGUUACAAAACCUGACUGAUAUAAGAGUAGUUUCUGAGGGGCAGUUCUUUACAUUAAUUUCAUUUUUGGGUGAAACAGAAAAUGGACCGAGCGGUGAGCCUUCCGAAUCAGCCUGACAGAACCACCACGGUGACUCUGGUUGAAAACUGCCCCAACCCCAGUGGUCUGGAGUUGGUCAGUUCCUACCAGACCACAAGAGUAGGAGACCCGAUGGACCUAGUGGCUUUGGCUUCACAAGUACAAAAGGGAGAUGAUUUCAUCAAAGCAAAUGCCUGCAACAAACUGACUGUCAUAGCUGAUCAGAUCAGAUACCUUCAAGAACAGGCCAGAAAGGUUUUGGAAGAAGCUAAACGAGAUGCAGACCUCCACCAUGCUGCGUGUAACAUAGUGAAGAAACCAGGAAACAUGUACUACCUUUAUGAACGACCGUCUGGACAGAAAUAUUUCUCUAUUAUCGCUCCUAAGGAAUGGGGUCCGAGCUGCCCACACCCGUUUAUUGGUGCUUUUAAACUUCAGCAUGACAUGUCCUGGACUCCCAUAGAAGAGGUGGAGAAAAGGGACGCCGAGAUCGCCAUUAUGGACAAACUCCUAAGUCAGCAGAUAGUCUUACCAUCAAACACAGGACCUAAUUUCAAAGGACUAUCUAAUGAAUAAAUGGUAGACUGAUCAGUUUUGAUACAGGCAAUCAUUUUGGACAUGAUUUUAAAUGAUCUAAUCUGGAUUAUUCAGAUUUUUCAACAAACUUAUUUAAUUAUAGUACAUAUUUAAUGACUUUUCAUGGACUUUUUAGAUGAUAUAAAGUUGAAAUGGGGAGAAGGGGAGAGAUUCAUCUAUAGUUGGAGUUGGAAAUUUAACGCAUACACUGAUGUGCAGAACAUGAUCAUGAUCUGUUGUCCUAGGCUUUUGUGUAGCACAUCUUUUCCUUUUAAUGUUUACAGUGAGACCUUUACGUUCUCUACCUUCCCAUGCUAUGUCUUAAGGGUUAAUAUGUUUUAAAUUUACUUCUCAUGCUCUCGUUUAUAGUUUAGCCAGGGUGGGUGUUUUAUUAUUUUGCCCAAUUAUACAACAUUAGUACCAACCUGAUGGCAGGGGAUUCAGCCUAAUUAUUACACUGCAGUGUUGGUGACAAAAUAAAAUGUUUUAAUAUUA